GUUGUCAUCGGUAGUCACGGUUAUCGUCAGCAUGAGGAGCAAUAUUUGUUGCUGCACAACAAACCGAAAUCUCCAGUAAACCCAUUAGGAUUAAAUUUCCCCCAAGAUGGCAGGCAACGCCAACAGUGACGACGAGUUCCAGGACGCGAUCGGCGAGGAGAUCACCGAGAAGGAGGCCACCAGCACGCGGCUGAGCGAGAAAGAUGUGGACGAGAUCGUGGAGAAGCAGAGCCAGCUGGCUUUGGAUGACGAAGCGGAGGAGGGUGCGGCUGGCGGGCAUUCCAUAGCGACGCCAGCGCCCGUGGACUCGGAGCUGACCAUCGAGGAGCUGCGCGAACGGGAGAAGGAUCUCAGCGCCGAGCAGCUGGCGGCGAACAAGGAGAAGGCCGACAAACUAAAGCUGGAGGGCAACGAGUUGUUCAAGAACGACGAUGCUGAAGGCGCCGCCAAGACUUACACAGAGGCACUGGACAUCUGCCCCUCGGACAGCUCUAAAGAGCGAGCGGUGCUCUACGGAAACAGGGCUGCGGCCAAGAUAAAGCUGGAUGCCAACAAGGCGGCCAUCGACGACUGCACAAAGGCCAUCGAACUGUGGCCAGAGUACGUGAGGGUGCUCCUAAGACGCGCCAAGCUUUACGAGCAGGACGACAAACCCGACGAGGCUCUGGAGGAUUACAAGAAGGUGGCUGAGAUUGAUCCGGGACAGCAGGAGGCUCGCGAGGCACAGAUCCGCCUGCCGCCCAUCAUCAACGAGCGCAACGAGAAGCUCAAGACCGAGAUGAUGUCCAGCCUAAAGGAUCUGGGCAACAUGAUACUCAAACCCUUCGGCCUGUCCACGCAGAAUUUCCAAAUGCAACAGGAUCCCAACACGGGCUCGUAUUCCAUAAACUUUAACCAAAAACCAAGCUAGUUGAAAGAUUUGCAGACGAAGAAAUAAAGCUGUUUACGAGGAUAAUGUAAAAAUAACAGUUUAGCCCUAGCAAGUCGUGACCAAGUCACUGUUUUCGUAAACUUUACACCACCAUCAAUAGAAAAUAUAAGCAUUUUAAUCACAAUCAGGAUACUAAAAUGUUAUAACAAAAGCUGCUUAAAUGUUAUUAUGAUACGCAUGAUGUGAUAUGCAAGUAAUCUAUUAGGUUCCUUCCGCAUUUGACUGUAUUAUUUAAUAAAAAUGUUCUGGAUAAUUAAAA